CAGCUCAAGACCAAGAUGAACGGAGCGUACGACCGUCGCGGCAGCAGCAUCUCUGCUGAUGUGGACGCUGCCAUCGAGCGCCUGGUGGAGCACUUUGAGAGCAGCGAUCUGGCGCUGCGCCUGGAUGUGCUACGAGCAUUAAGCGCCCAGGCGAAGUUGGCGUUCGAGACCACUCGUGUGCGCGAGCAUCUCGCUAAGCACCCGGUGUCCAUGGACCUAAUCCAGGGCGUAACGAGUCUAUCGACCGUAUAUAAGACGCUGGCUGAGAAGAUGACGGUGGAUAGCUGCAGCUGUGACUACGACGUCCAACGCAACGUGGUCAUGACUACGAACGUGCGCUGGACACUGGAGCCACAGAGCUGCAAGAAGCCCACAAAGAAGCGCAAGAAAGUGAUGGCGUCAGUGUCAAAGGAAGAGAAGGGACCGUUGAUCACCACGUAUAAGUUUGAAAGAGUGAGGCAGGAGGCUGAGGAGGAAGGCGAACAGGAGACGCUCAUCAGAUUUACAGUCGUGGUGGCAGUCGGAGAUAACGAUGCAAACCCAAGAGAACUGUUGCACUUUGAGAUGGCCUGUGAGUACGCAUACCCCAAAAGUUACUACGAGGAGCAGAAGCAGUUGCCGUCGGGUGAUGAAGAGGAGGAGAACGACGAGCAUGUUGAAGAGGGGUUUGCGGAGGAGGAACAGGGCGAGAAGACUUUUGGCGAGGACCUGCGUGGCUUCCGCUUUAACAACGAGGUGCUCGCUGCUAUCGGCGACUGGAUGGGAGCUGAUGACGAGGAGUUGGACCCUGUGGACGUCAUUGGGUUUUUCCUGGCACUGCCUGUACAUGAGGAUGAGUGGCUUGUGGACGAGCGUGUGUGCGAGAUUCUCUUCCAGGGCGGAAUGGAGGCUGACAGCGAUGGCUACGAAGAGGAAGACGACGAGGAUUGA